AUGGUACAACAUAGUCUCCAACAAGUGCAAAGCAUCAUUGAAAAAGUUCAUGACACAGUUGACUUCUUGAAUGCAAGUGACUCGCGACUCAAAAGAUUUGGUGAACUUGUUAGUCAAUACAACGUGCAAGAUCGAAAAUUGAUUCUUGAAUGCAAGACACGUUGGAAUUCUACAUAUGGCAUGUUGGAUUGUGCUCUCAAGUUCAGAAAGAUAUUCCCUAGAUAUGCUUUGCAUGAUCAUUCUUAUAAGCAUUGUCUUGAUGAUGAUGAGUGGGGGAAAAUUGAAAAACAGCUUGAAAUUUUGAAAGUGUUUAAAGCCACUACUAACAUUAUAUCAGAAUCUGAAUAUCCAGCUUCUACCAUGUUUCUUGGAGAGGUGCAAAGAAUUAAAGUGUUGUUGUAUUCAAAAUUUGAGUCUGCUGAUGAUUUUGUUAAGAAUAUGGUUGGUAACAUUAAAGAAAGGUUUGACAAGUAUUGGGGUGAAUGUAAUUUGUUAAUGGCAAUAGGUUUAGUAUUGGAUCCUAGAUUGAAAAUGAGGGCGGUAGAAAUUGCAUUUCCCAAAAUGUUUCCAUCACAUUUAGUUAUGGAGAACAUUAGUAAGGUCAAAGACAUCAUGUAUCAACUUUUUGAUGAAUAUUUGACAAUGUAUUCUUCAUCUUGUAAUGUGGAAGAAAGUGAAGAACAUGCAUUUUCUAUGGAUGUUCAUGGAGGUGAUGUUACAUCUAAUGGUUUGUAUGAGCUUUUGCAAGAUGUUUUUAGUGGAGAAAUAUAUGUACCGCAAGUGAAAUCUAAACUUGAUUCAUAUUUGGAUGAGGGGUGCAUCUUUAGUCAAGAUGCGAAAUUUGAUGUCAUUGCUUGGUGGAAGGAGAAGCCAAACAAAUUUUGCAUUUUAUCUAGGAUGUAA